UUGGCCCACCGCUUCCCCCGCGGUUCUCCAACGAAGACAAUAUUCAGUCGUGGUUUUGGGGUCCUAUUCCGUGGAGCUUGCCGUGUUGAUGGCUCCAAUUGACCGAGCAACAUCCCAUGUCAGCUCCAUCGGCUUUCUAUUGUCGGUCGAAUGGGGCCAUGGAGUACAGCUUUGAGCCUUUGACAAGCGGUUGAAAGCGGCCUGCAGGUCCGCUCCGGUCUCGCGACACGUGUGUCAGGCUAUCGGCGUGGGGUAGCUAUGGUCGUCUCCAAAUAAAAAGAACAGCCGCCCUUGGCUAUAUUGUCGAGCUUCAUGAGGGAAGUUGAACAUUCCAUCUCCCCAUACCCUUCGUCACUUCUCACUCCUUGGCGGUCUUGAGUCUCUUUCCGCAGAGACCUGUUAUUCCACCGUCCUGUCUUUCAGACCAUUCCUCUCAUAAGUCCAACUCCAAAAUGCCCCCACAAAGAGAACACAUCCCGUCCUCCUGGGCCCUCAGCCCGGGUCAGAACGAUGACGGUGUCUUGCCAUCACUGAGGCUCAGCUCCUCUUCCGACUCCUCUCCGCCGUUCGAGUUCUCCUUUGAGACCGUCCGUCCAAAUGUCUUCCGGACGACCUUCAAGUCCGCGACGCACCCCGUCCCACCUUACCCUAGCGUGCCGCGGAUGGAGUCGAAGCUGGACGGCGUCCAGGCAACCGUAACUUCGACAGACAAGAGCAAGAAGAUCCAGAUCGGCUACGUAACAGCCGAUCUCGACUUCGCCGGCGAAACCCCGCUGGUGUCCAUCUCGAUCGAGGGCCAGAAGUUCCCCAUUCUUCAAGACGUGCCGAACCGGGGUUACGUCGUGGACGGGGACGGGGUCGCCCGCUACACGCGUUACAACCGCAAGACACUGUACGUCGGCCUGGGCGAGAAGGCGGCGCCAAUGAACCUCGCGGGCCGCCGUUUCGAGCUCUCGGCAACAGACAGCUUCGGGUACGAUGUCUACCGCACCGAUCCCCUGUACAAGAACAUCCCGCUCCUCAUCAACGUCACCCCUGACGGCUGCGUGGCGACCUUCUCGACCAGCCAGGGUCGCGGUCAGUACUCGAUCGGAUCCGAGAUGGACGGCAUGUGGGGGCCCUUCAAGGUCUACCGUCACGACUACGGCGGCCUGGAGGAGUACAUCAUCGUGGGCAAGACGCUGAAGGAUAUCGUGCAAACCUACGCCGACCUGGCCGGGUACCCCUUGCUCGUGCCCCGCUGGGCGUUCGGCUAUCUCUCGGGCGGCAUGAAAUACUCGAUGCUCGACGACCCCCCGGCGAGCGAGGCCCUGCUGGAGCUCGCCAGGAAGUUCAAGGAGUUCGACAUUCCCUGCUCGGCCCACCAGAUGUCCUCGGGCUACACUGUCUCGGCGGUGCCGCCCAAGACGCGCAACGUGUUCACGUGGAACCGCCACCGGUUUCCGGACCCGGAGGGCUGGAUUCGGGAGAUGCACAGGCAGGGCAUCCGCCUGAUCGCCAACAUCAAGCCAUACGUGAUCGGCAGCCAUCCGGAAUAUGAGAAGCUCAAGGCCGCCGGCGCCCUCUUCACCGACCCGCGCACGGGCGAGACGGCCGUGACCAAGCUCUGGAGCGCGGGCGGCGGCGAGAGCGCACCGGGCGGCCACAUCGACUUCACGUCCAAGGCCGGGUUCGACUGGUGGUACAACGGCGUCAAGGAGCUGGCCCAGCAGGGGAUUGACUGCAUGUGGAACGACAACAACGAGUACGUCAUCACGCACGAUGACUGGAAAUGCGCGCUGGACCUCCCUGGGCUUUCUAUCCCGUCUGGGGCCGAGAAGACGCCUCAGGUCGGCGUCUGGGGCCGCAACAUCCACACCGAGCUCCACGGGAAAGCGUCGCACGACGCCCUCGUCGAAGUCCAUCCAGACGUUCGGCCCUUCGUGCUCACCCGCAGCGCGACGGCGGGAACGAUGCGGUAUGCGGCCAGCACGUGGAGCGGCGACAACGUGACCAGCUGGCCGGGGAUGAAGGGGGCCAACGCGUUGUCGCUCAAUGCGGGCAUGUGCCUCAUGCAGUGCUACGGCCACGACAUCGGCGGCUUCGAGGGCGAGCAGCCGUCGCCCGAGCUGCUGCUGCGGUGGGUGCAGCUGGGCAUCCACUCGCCGCGCUUCGCCAUCAACUGCUUCAAGACGGCCAGCGGCGACAACUCGGUCGGCGACGUCAUCGAGCCCUGGAUGUACCCGUCCAUCACCCACCUCGUGCGCAGGACCAUCAAGCGCCGCUACGCGCUGAUCCCCUACAUCUACUCGCUCAUGCUCGAGAGCCACCGCUGCGCCACCCCGCCGCAGCGAUGGACCGGCUGGGGGUACGAGUCGGAUCCAGAGGUGUGGACGCCCGAGAUCAUGGACGGCGAGAUGCAGUACUGGUUCGGCGAUGCGAUGCUUGUUGGCGGCGUGUACGAGCCGGGCGUAUCCAAAGGUCGCGUGUAUCUUCCCAAGGCGGCCGAUGCCGAGCACGACGAGGGGUUCAUGAACACGAAUGCGCCGUUCCAGUACCUCGCCUCGGGCCAGUGGGUGGACAUCGACGCCGAGUGGCACGGCGCGGGGAUCCCCGUGCUGGCGCGUGUGGGUGCGGCCAUCCCCGUCGGCCGCGACGUGCAGGUCCUGUCGCCCGGCGAGAAGGAGAAUGUGGCGGAUCUGCCGCAGGAUGAUUACCGUGGCGUCGAGAUCUUCCCGCCGAAGGGCCCGUCCAAGAACGGCCAGUGGCAUGAAACGACCUGGUAUGAGGAUGACGGAGUGUCAGCCGUUGGAAAGAACAGGAUCUCGUCGUACACCAUCGCGUACACGGCCACAGGCGCGGCUGGAGAGAUCAAGGCGAGGUUCACGAGGGAUGAGUCGUCGGGCUUUGAAGCGCCUUGGAAGACGCUCGUUGUUAUCUUGCCGCCCGGCGAUAUGCGCAAGGUGGUAGCCGAGGAUGGGAGGGAUGUCGUCGAACUUGGGUUUGAUGCACAGGGGCGAAAUCGGUUUGAACUGAAGUGACGUUCUUGGGUGGAUGACUCUGGGAUUGGGAAAAUUACGAGCCCCACGAAUGUGAUUAGAUCGAAGUGAAAACGCUGCAAUGUGGAUGUCGAAUCGUGAGUGGAAGGAACGACCUCAUCCUCGCGUAAGUGACCAGGGGUGGAUUAAGAAUUGCGUCUGGACUUAUAAGACCGUUAUCUGUGUCAUUCACAACUUCACGC